CACAAGUAUCUAGAUGCUUCGCACAAGUAUCUAGAUGCUUCGCACAAGUAUCUAGAUGCUUCGCACAAGUAUCUAGAUAGUUUAAACAAGUAUCUAGUUACUAAGACUAACUAUCUAGAUUGAAAUAGUUAAACUGAAUACAAAUACUUUUCAAUUUGCUUUUAAGUAUCUAGAUACAUUUGGGAGUUGUACUGACCAAUCAAAAACCACUUAACAAUGGAAAUUUCUGCAUGAUUCUGCGGUUUUUUCUAAACAAAGUAAUAACAGAAAUAUUUAAGAUGGCCGAAUCGGACAAGGAACGUUUUUUGCGACAGGUACAAUCAACUAUAGAUUACUGUGCACGUUUAGGAUCUUCAGAUUCGCUGACACCACAGAUCAUUGACAAUUUGAAAUUAAGGUAACAAAUAUAAAACUAUAAUACAAUACUCCAUACUUAAAAAUGUGUGUUGUUAUGGUAAUAUCAUAUUACAGCUUUAUACAAAAUGAUAUAGUCAUUUACUGUAUAAAGAUGAAAAUUUUUGACAGUGAAGUUGUACUUUUAAUCAAAACUAUUACAAUGUAACUUCAAUCAGAGACCAAACAUUAAGGAAAAUUGAAAGUUAUAAUAAUACUGCUUUACAAUGAAGCUGAUUCUUCAAUAUGAAAGAAAAUGUGGUACGUACAAGAUUAUAAGGAGGAGCAGAAUCAGAAGAAAAUUAACUGAUUUUUGGUGCAACUUUAUAUAGGCGUAUAGUAUCACUAGUAUACUUUUUAAAUUUGCCUAUACAUUCUUUGGGAUAUCAUGUAUUUGGUUCAGGAUGACAUGUUUUUUCUCUCGACUAUACCAUUAUAUUGUUGAUUACUGCGUUGUAGGAUGCUUACAUUAUCUAGAGAUAUAAACAGAGCUGGUGGCAUAUUGAUAUCUGAUGAUGAGAAAAAUGACCUCAUAUCCAUUGUUAAUGAGAUGAACGACGAAAUCGAUAGAACUUCAAAUAAUCAUUUAAGUGCUAGUAGUGAUAUAACAGCAUUCAAAACAAAGAGGACACAUCUUGGAACUGCUGGAGCACCAAAAUUGGAUAUAUCAAAGGAUCAAUUGGUAUUCCUAGCGAAGUACAAAUUUACAGCUCCAUUAAUGGCAGAAACACUUCAAAUAUCAGAAUCCACUAUUCGCAGGAGACUCAGAGAGUUUAACAUAAAGUUAAGGGAAGGAAAGGAAACUAUUAUCUCAAACGAGGAAUUGGAUGAUAAAGUCAAGAACAUAAUUGGAACCAAUAAAAGAAUAGGUCCAAACUCAAUACGGAUUCGUCUUGCCAUGGACAAUACUGAUAUUUCACGCCAACGUGUCAGAGAUGCUUGCCACAGAGUUGAUCCUGUUGGCUGUGCUUUGAGAUCAAUUGAAAGACAAAAUGUUCAUAGGAGGACAUAUAAAGUUGCUGGACCAAAUUCAUUGUGGCAUAUAGAUGGGAACCACAAACUUAUAAGGUGGAAUAUUGUUAUCCAUGGUGGUAUUGAUGGCUACAGUCGCCUUGUUACUUUUUUACAUGCCAGCAAUAAUAACCAGUCAACCACAGUGUAUGAUCUUUUUAUUGAGGCCACUACACAACAUGGAGUUCCUUCCCGUAUCAGAGUGGAUCAUGGCGGUGAAAAUGUAGAUAUAUGCACCUUCAUGGAAGGUUAUCGUGGUACAAAUAGAGGUAGUGCAAUAAAAGGCAAAAGCGCCCAUAACCAAAGAAUUGAAAGAUUAUGGGUUGAUCUUUGGGAGUCUGUAUCUAAUGAAUACUAUGAUUUAUUUUCAUACAUGGAAGAUAUCUACAUGUUAGACAUUACAUGUGCACGCCAAUUGUGGGCAUUCCAAUAUGUUUUUUUACCAAGAAUAAACAAGUCACUUCAAAUGUUUGUAUACCAGCAUAAUCAUCACGGCUUAAGUACAGAGGGAAGCAAAACUCCUUAUCAGUUAUUUAUCAAGGGAGUUUUACAAACAAUAAAUACAAACAAUGUUUCAAUUGCUGACCUGUUGUUACAGGCAGGUAGUAACGACUCUCUAGAACAUAUCACAGAUGACUAUGGAAUAGAGGAUAAUAACUCUGAUCAUGAAGAUAACAGUUUUGAUGAAAUUGAAUUACCACGGAUUCAUAGCCCUUUAGAUGAUGGUGAUAUGCAACAGCUGAGAGACAGGAUAAAUUUAACCGAAGACUAUAAAAACUUAACUCAUGGUAUUCAGUUAUACAAGGAUGUUUUAUUAUUCAUUGAAUCAUUAAAUUCAGAUCAGAGGGAACCUAUACCUUCAGUAACUGAUUAAAUAGGUGUAGUUCAAUUUGUUUUUUCAAACUGUGACAUAUAGGGAAAAGAUGCGUUUUUUGACUGAUUUUUAUCAUUCAUACUGAUUUAACUUGAAAACGAGUUCAUGGACCCCUCUUUUUUAAAAUGACAUUUGGUUUCAAUAUGUAUGAAGAUUUUUUGUACCAAUUUUUAUGAAAAAGUCAACAAUAUUUUUUUAUAAAAUUAGAUAAAUAUACAGCUAAAAAUGUUUUUUUCAAUGAUCCUGAAACUUUGAUAAAAACUAUUUCUUUCCAAACAAUUGUUACACAAAUCUAAAGCAUACUUAUGUAAAGAAGAUUUUUCCAAAUGUUUUUACAAAAAUCCACUUGUGUUUAUCUUUUAAAACAAAAAAUUAAGGUACAUGUAUGUCAAUCCAAAGGAUAGAAAUGUAAAAAAAAACAAAAUUUUAAGUAAAUGUCAAAAAUUUUAACCCCAAUUAUCCUAUUAAAGUAUCACAUGAAGGUAUAUAUUUGUUGUUACAUAUUUGGAUUGCUAAGGUGAAAAAAAGAUUGAAGGAAAAGAAAUUUUUGUCAAAAUCAUGGGAUCGAAACUGUAUUGUAUGCCCUCGCUUCACAAAUACAUAUAUUUUAUUGACCCAAACUCAUUAACAAUAAAUGGUUAAGACCUAUUGCUAUAGAUAAUUAUAAUAAUUGACAUGAUAGAAUGAAAAGUUACAUGUAAAUACAUCAUGACAGAAUGAAAAGUUACAUAUUGAUAUUUCACUAUUCCUUAUAUUUACUCAAUAAUGCUGAGCUAUUGUCU